AUAUAGGUUCAUUUCUCAUUUGGUUUUGUUCAUUAUGGACCAGCUGAGAAAAAAUCACCAGCUGGCAGUGUAAAAGGGCAUGGAGCUCACGUUCCCCCAUGGACACAUCAAAAAUAAAUUUACUUUGGAACAAUCCUAACUGAAAACUGGCAGGAGGACUCCUGUACAACGAAGGCAGUAAGAAACACACAUAUAAUCAGUCAAGAAGGGAAGAAAAGCAAUGGGAGAUCCCUUGCAAGAGGCAUGUUCUCCAUCCCUCUCCAGAAGAGGCGAAGAGGAAACACAAGAAGAAGCACCUGGUGCAGAGCCCCAAUUCCCAUUUCAUGGAUGUGAAAGGCCCAAGAUGCUAUAAAAUCACGACCAUCUUUAGCCAUGCACAAACAGUUUUGUGUGUUGACUGCUCUUGCCAGUCUACAGGAGGAAAAGCAAGGCUUACAGAAGGAUGCUUCUUCAGACAGAAGCGGCACUAAAAGCCCCUGGAAUCAAGAUGAAUGGGAAACCCAAUAAACACAUUAUGGAUACAAAAAAAGAGAAAAUAGAAAGAAAAAAGUAAAGCAAUGGGGUCAGGAGACGUGGGACUCAGAGAGGAAGGGAGAUCACCGAGCAGUGAGCUCAUUCUCCAGGGAGUGAGUGACUCGAGUUACAGACUGGUUGUUUCAGUCCUCGUGUCUGUUGUGGAGACAAGCCUGCUUGAUAGGGUGGAGGAUUACUGGACAGAUAGAAAGGCUGGAGGAGCCUGGACUUUGCUUGGGAGGAGUGAGCA